UGUCGUUCAUGCCAAAACACUGCUUUUGCUUUCUCCUUUUACUUUGCAACCUACAAAUUUAAGUACACCCUCUAGCUUAUUGCCUCCUAAAUUUGCUCCUUUUAUAUCUCUUUAUCUUGACUCCUAACUGAUCAAUUCAUCCAUAUUUAUGUAUUAAUAUAUAAACCUGUAGCUCAUCAUUAAUCUCAUUCAUAUAUAUAUAUAUAUAUAUAUAUAUAUAUAUAUGUAUAUAUAGGUAUCAUAUGAGUUUUACAUCGAUAUCUCUGGCUCUGGAGGUGAGGUCUAUGUUUGUAUAUAUAUAUAUAUAUAUAUUUAAUAUUCUUCUUUUUUUUCUUCUCUGAGAAUUGAGAGUAGUGUUGUUGGUAGCCAAGCCAAAUUAAGAUGAAGAACAGAGCGUCUGGAAUAGUAAAGAAGAUAAUAGCGGCCAUAAGCUCCAUAGCCAAGGCUAAAACCAUGGCUCUCAAGUCCAAAACAACCGCCCUCAAGACUCGCAUCGCCAUAUUUUCAUUGCUGAGGAACAAGAAGAUUCUCAUGACCUCCAUCUCUCACAAGCUCCAGGCUUUGGUCAGCCAACACGGCAGCAAAGGUCAUUCUAUUUCCAAUUCCGACCCAGAACAAGAACAAGAACAUGAAGUUCUACAGAGCCACAAAGCCGCCCUUGUGCUAUACACCAGUAGCCAUAAUAUUAAUGCCAUGGCCUGCGAGUGCGAGCAGGCUGCAGAUGAGCAUGUACAAGUAGGGUACUUGCAGGAGUACGAGGAUGAGGUGGAGGAGAAAUACCCGGAUCUUACGCACUCGCUGUUUGACGAAGUGGAAGAUACAGCUGGAGCUCCAUCGGUGAUAGACAUGGUGAAAAACUCAAAGGAGGAGGCAGGGGAAGAAUUCAGGCUGGAAGACGAAAUAGACCACGUGGCCGAUCUCUUCAUUAAGAGGUUCCACCGACAGAUUAUGUUUCAGAAGCAACAGUCCUUGAAGAGGAACCAGGAGAUGCUCCUCCGGACUGCCUAGGCCUACCUACCUCCUGACUACCUACUCAAACAUAUUCCCCACCAAUUUAUUAUGUUAUGAUACCAAUCCAGGCAGCUCAUAUUUCACAGGCAAUCUUUAUUUUCUUUUUUCUUUUUUUGGGUGCCCCAUGAAAUUUCCAAUUACUUGAGCUGCAUUAGUUAUGUCUAUGUUAUAAACAAAUUUUUAGUCUUCAAUUCCUUGAUCGAUGCAUAAUAUAAAUUGUAUCAAAUUUAAUCA